UUCCCCUCGGCAUUUCACUGGCUCACCCAGCAAGAGGCAAGACCCGCACACAGGGAAAAGGAAGGCUGAGACUCUGCUGCUACUCCAAGCCCAGAAGAACUGGAGCCUGGAGUGGUGUAAGGGUUCAAACACAGGAAGAGGCAGGGGCUUGGCUUUCUCUCUUAUUUGAGGACAGCCCAUCUCUCUUAGAGAACCCCACUGAGAGACGGAUGACAUCGCCUCAGCGAGCUUUUGGAGUACCGCGAGCCGGGAGGCGAAGGAUGGUGGUGGCUCCGCGAGCCGGCUGCGGGGCAGCGCUUUCUCUCUGGAUUGUCAGCAGCUUCAUCUGCAGAGCCUGGACGGCUCCCUCCACGUCCCAAAAAUGUGAUGAACCACUCGUCUCUGUACUCCCCCAUGUAGCUUUCAGCAGCUCAUCAUCUAUGUCUGGUAGUUAUUCUCCCGGCUAUGCCAAGAUAAACAAGCGAGGGGGUGCUGGAGGGUGGUCUCCAUCAGAUAGUGACCAUUAUCAAUGGCUUCAGGUUGAUUUUGGCAAUCGGAAGCAGAUCAGUGCCAUUGCAACCCAAGGAAGAUACAGCAGCUCGGACUGGGUGACGCAAUACCGGAUGCUCUACAGUGACACAGGAAGAAAUUGGAAACCCUAUCAUCAAGAUGGAAAUAUCUGGGCCUUCCCUGGAAACAUCAACUCUGACAGCGUGGUCCGGCACGACUUGCAGCACCCUGUGACAGCCCGCUACGUGCGCAUCGUGCCGCUGGACUGGAAUGGAGAAGGCCGCAUUGGGCUCAGAAUUGAAGUCUAUGGCUGCUCCUACUGGGCUGAUGUCAUCAACUUUGAUGGUCAUGUUGUGUUACCAUAUAGAUUCAGGAACAAGAAGAUGAAAACACUGAAAGAUGUCAUUGCCUUGAAAUUUAAAACUUCUGAAAGUGAAGGGGUAAUCUUGCAUGGAGAAGGACAGCAAGGAGAUUAUAUUACUUUGGAACUGAAAAAGGCCAAGUUGGUCUUCAGUUUAAACCUAGGAAGCAACCAGCUUGGCCCCAUAUAUGGGCACACAUCCGUCAUGACAGGGAGCUUGCUGGACGAUCAUCACUGGCACUCUGUAAUCAUCGAGCGCCAGGGACGAAGCAUUAACCUCACCCUGGACAGAAGCAUGCAGCAUUUCCGCACAAAUGGAGAGUUCGAUUACCUGGACUUGGAUUACGAGAUAACCUUUGGAGGCAUACCUUUCUCUGGCAAACCAAGUUCCAGCAGUAGAAAGAAUUUCAAAGGCUGUAUGGAAAGCAUUAACUACAAUGGCAUCAAUAUUACUGAUCUUGCCAGAAGGAAGAAAUUAGAGCCAUCAAAUGUGGGAAAUUUGAGUUUCUCUUGUGUGGAGCCGUACACAGUGCCUGUGUUUUUCAAUGCGACAAGUUACCUGGAAGUGCCUGGACGGCUUAAUCAGGACCUGUUUUCGGUCAGGUUCCAGUUCAGAACAUGGAACCCCAAUGGUCUCCUGCUUUUCAGUCACUUUGCACAUAAUUUAGGCAAUGUUGAGAUUGACCUCACUGAAAGUAAAGUUGGUGUUCAUAUCAACGUCACACAGACCAAGAUGAGCCAAAUAGAUAUUUCCUCAGGUUCUGGAUUGAAUGAUGGACAGUGGCAUGAGGUGCGUUUUCUAGCCAAGGAAAAUUUUGCUGUGCUCACCAUCGAUGGAGAUGAGGCAUCAGCAGUUCGAACUAAUAGUCCACUUCAAGUUAAAACUGGCAAGAAGUACUUUUUUGGAGGUUUCCUGAACCAAAUGAAUAAUGCAAGUCAUACUGUCCUUCAGCCUUCAUUCCAGGGAUGCAUGCAGCUCAUUCAAGUGGAUGAUCAACUUGUAAAUUUAUAUGAGGUGGCACAAAGGAAGCCAGGAAGUUUUGCUAACAUCAGCAUUGACAUGUGUGCCAUUAUAGACAGAUGUGUGCCCAAUCACUGUGAGCAUGGUGGAAAGUGUUCGCAAACGUGGGACAGUUUCAAAUGCGCCUGUGAUGAGACAGGAUACACUGGGGCCACCUGCCACAACUCUAUCUAUGAGCCAUCCUGUGAAGCUUACAAACACCUGGGCCAGACAUCAAAUUACUACUGGAUAGAUCCUGAUGGCAGUGGACCUUUGGGACCUUUGAAAGUUUACUGCAACAUGACAGAGGACAAAGUGUGGACCGUAGUGUCUCAUGACUUGCAGAUGCAGACGACUGUGGUAGGCUACAACCCCGACAAGUACUCGGUGACACAGCUCAUUUACAGUGCCUCCAUGGACCAGAUCAGCGCCAUCACCAGCAGUGCUGAGUAUUGUGAGCAGUAUGUCUCCUAUUUCUGCAAGAUGUCGAGGCUGUUGAACACCCCAGAUGGAAGUCCUUACACUUGGUGGGUUGGCAAAGCCAACGAGAAGCACUACUACUGGGGAGGCUCCGGACCCGGAAUUCAGAAAUGUGCUUGUGGCAUCGAACGCAACUGCACCGACCCCAAAUACUAUUGUAACUGUGAUGCAGAUUAUAAGCAGUGGAGAAAGGACGCAGGCUUCUUAUCCUACAAAGAUCACCUGCCAGUGAGCCAGGUGGUGGUUGGAGAUACUGACCGGCAAGGCUCAGAAGCCAAAUUGAGUGUGGGUCCCCUGCACUGCCAAGGAGACAGGAAUUAUUGGAAUGCUGCCUCUUUCCAAAACCCAUCAUCUUACCUUCACUUCUCUACUUUCCAAGGAGAAACUAGUGCUGACAUUUCUUUCUACUUUAAGACAUUAAUCCCUCGUGGUGUGUUUCUUGAAAAUCUGGGGAACACCGAUUUCAUCAAACUUGAGCUGAAAUCUGCCACAGAAGUGGCCUUUUCAUUUGAUGUCGGAAAUGGGCCAGUGGAGAUUGUAGUGAGGUCGCCCUCCCCUCUCAAUGAUGACCAGUGGCACCGGGUCAAUGCGGAGAGGAAUGUCAAGCAGGCCAGUCUGCAGGUGGAUCGGCUGCCACAGCAGAUCCGCAAAGCCCCAACAGAGGGUCACACCCGCCUGGAACUCUACAGCCAGCUGUUUGUUGGUGCUGCGGGAGGCCAGCAGGGCUUUCUAGGCUGCAUCCGCUCCCUGAGGAUGAAUGGGGUGACACUUGACCUGGAGGAGAGGGCAAAAGUCACGUCUGGGUUCAAAUCCGGAUGCUCAGGCCACUGCACCAGCUAUGGGACGAACUGUGAAAAUGGAGGCAAAUGUGUGGAGAAAUACCACGGUUACUCCUGUGAUUGCUCCAAUACAGCAUAUGAUGGGACAUUUUGCAACAAAGAUGUUGGUGCAUAUUUUGAAGAGGGAAUGUGGCUGCGGUAUAAUUUCCAGGCACCAGGGAUUGGUACCAAAGAGUCAGCCGGUAAAACGGAAAACUCUCCUGAUCAACAGAACUCCACCCCAGACCUGGCCAGAGAGGUACUCAGUUUCAGCUUCAGCACCACCAAGGCACCCUGCAUUCUCCUUUACGUCAGUUCUCAUACUACAGACUUCUUGGCAGUUCUUGUCAAACCCGCUGGAAGCUUGCAGGUUCGGUACAACCUGGGUGGCACCAGAGAGCCAUAUAAUAUUGAUGUAGACCACAGGAACAUGGCAAAUGGACAACCCCACAGUGUUAACAUCACCCGACAUGAGAAAACCAUAAUUCUCCAGCUUGAUCAUUAUCCCCCUGUGAGUUACAAUCUGCCAAGUUCAUCUGACACAUUCUUCAAUUCACCCAAGUCGCUCUUUCUAGGAAAAGUUAUAGAAACAGGGAAGAUUGACCAGGAGAUUCACAAAUACAACACUCCGGGAUUCACUGGGUGCCUCUCCAGGGUACAGUUCAACCAGAUCGCCCCUCUGAAGGCUGCCUUGAGGCAAACGAACGCCUCCACUCACGUCCACAUCCAGGGCGAGCUGGUGGAGUCCAACUGUGGGGCCUCCCCGCUGACCAUCCCACCCAUGUCGGCUGCCACGGACCCCUGGCACCUGGACCACCUGGACUCAGCCAGUGCUGAUUUCCCAUACAAUCCAGGACAAGGCCAAGCUAUAAGAAAUGGAGUCAACAGAAACUCUGCUAUCAUUGGAGGGGUCAUUGCUGUGGUGAUUUUCACCAUUCUCUGCACCUUGGUGUUCCUCAUUCGGUACAUGUUUCGUCACAAGGGCACCUACCACACCAAUGAAGCAAAGGGGGCGGAGUCAGCAGAAAGCGCGGACGCUGCCAUUAUGAACAACGACCCCAAUUUCACAGAGACCAUUGAUGAAAGCAAAAAGGAAUGGCUCAUCUGAGGGGUGGCGAUUUGGCUGUGGGUUAGGGAGGGGGGAGAGGGAUAAAAGCACCCUGCUUCAUACUCUAGAGCACAUCCUUAAAAUUUUCAGCACAAGUUGGGGGAGGCAAGCAACAAAAAAUUCUUAAGACUGUUCGCCACAAAAAUACUUUUUAAUCUCUCUUUAUAGCUGAAUUUCCCCCUUCUGUAUCACAACAAAAUAAUGCAAAAACUGCUUUUAGAGCUUACGCAAUGGUUGAAAUUUGUAGGUGAUAUUUGUCUUAUUUUGUGUAUGGUUAGAGGUGUUCUAAAAAUCCGUAAUAACAGGGCAAGUUUUCUACAUUUUUAAGAGCCCUUAGAAUGUGGAUAUUUUUUCUUGAGAAAAGCUGAUAAACAUACAUAUGGCCUCCAACAUUCUCUUCCUUUUGCAUAUAGUGAACUUUUAAUGGCUUAUGUAGUAACUAGUUUGUGUUCACAUAAUAUUUCAUUUGGUGUCCUGUAAAUUGGAAAAGGAAAGAAAGGGGCAAAGAGAACCUAUUAUUUACCAGUUUUCAAAGAGAUUUCAAUCAAUGCCAGUUCUCUUAGGGAUCCCCCCUGACACUCAGUAGUUGAAGGAACAAAGUAUAUGCCACCUGUUGUAUAACAACAUAACACAACUGGAGAGAAGCAUUAAUAAUGGAAAGUAGUUUCAUAUUGGGAUUGUUGGCUUUCUUUUCCACUGAAUUAAAAAAGAUAAUAUUGUUCCAUGUGUGUAGUCUUAGACCUAUUCAAUAUCUGUAUCUUUCAGCUGUGAUGCUGUGGUGACCAGCUAUCACAAACGAUUUUCCUGUGCUUUACCUGCAACAUAUUGGAUUACAUCGUAUGUGUAUGUAAGCACCUCGGUAGGGAAUUAGAGCCAGAUGUUAUCAAUUGUUUGCUUCUGAUUUUUUAUAGUCAUCACAAAAGUAUGGACCCUUUCUAGUAAAUGCAUAAAUUAGGUUGCUCUUCUUAUUUUGCUUUAUAUCUCUAGUUUUUAAUCCCCUUGUGACAAAGUCCUAGCAAACAGUGUCCUCUGAGUUAUUAUUGUUGUUCUUGCUAUUUACUCUGGAAUCAUAUGGAAAACACUGCAAAAUUUUAAGCCAUCCACUCCACAUAUUAUUCCAUCCAAAACAGACAUGCUGCCGUGAUUCAGGAAUCUUUUAUGGCAGACACAUUUGACCCUUGGGUUCAUCACAAACCUGGUAAAUGGUUGUUGCUUCUCAGAGAAUAAACAUGUCUACUCAGUCACAGCUCUCAGCUUAAUAGGAACGUUGACUACUUAUUCCAGCACAUACCCACUGAUUUUAUUUUAAAAUAAUAGACUUUGUGUAACCAAAUGGGGACAAUGCUCCCUAUUGGAAAUCAAAAAAAUAAUUGCAUUGACUUAUUUAAAAAGAAAAAUUACACAAAAGUUGUUCCUAGAAUGACUACCAUUUAUGAUCAUCAUAUUUUAGGUCCCUCAUCCUUAAUAAAUACUUUUUAAAGAAAAAUUAGACUCCAACAUUUUUUUGAAUUAAAUUUUACUUUUUUUGCUUUUCCUCCUGAAAGGGGGCCAGAAGAGGUUAAAAAGAUAUGAAGUAUUUUUUUGAUGGCCUCUCUUAAUAAAAUGGAAAUUCUAGUUAGGAUUACAUCUAGAUACUUUUCAAGAUUUCCAGUAUGCCUAACUUAUUGGAGAAUCUCACUUUCUUAGGAAAUGGUAAUGUGUCAAUGGCAGACAGCACUAGGACAUGACACGCUUGUAAAGGUGAUGUUGGACCAGUUAAUUCCUAUUCAAGUCAAGUUAAAAAAACAACAACAGAAAGAAUCUUGAUGCCCUAUUACAGUUACUGACCUCAGGCACUAUCAUGACUGCACUUAAUUUAAAAAGUUUUGAUCAUCCUUUUAAAAAAAUACAUUUAAAGCAGAAAAACAUUUAAUAUGACUAAAUCUCAAAGCAGUAUAAUGGUUAAAAAUGACAUUAUAAGCAAAGGCUAUUUAUUUAACCCAGAGGCCUGCCAUUGAGGAUUCUCUUAUGUAUUGUUAAAUUGAAAAACCAAAUUUUAAACACUGUUUUCAAGGUGUUUCUGAUUUUUUUAAAACUAUUUUUCAGGUAUUGCUUUUGCACAUAACAAAUAAUGUCACAUGGAAAUUUAUUAUUUCUUGCAUUUCCAUCCUAGCUAUAUUUCUUAUGCAUUGUCUCUAGCACUUUUCCUUUCUUUCCAAAAUUAUUAAGGGAUUAAAACAGUCAAAAACAGCUUCUGAUACUAAAAUGCCCUCUUUCUCUUCCCUGUCCUUCCUGCCACAAAGGUAAAAAAUAAAACCUCACACUUCUCUCACCAACUUUUCAAACCAAGGACCCUGGAAUGACUGGAGGGAUGCGUGGCUCACCCAUAUCACAAUCAAUUAAGACAGAGAGAGGUGAAGCACCAACCAUCCUUGCCCUUGAGGAGGUUACAGGAAACAGGACAUCAAAAGGUGGAUAAGGUGUUAAGUAACUAAAUUACAUGCCAAAUGAAUGCUAGAAAUCUUGACUUCUCUUUGGGAUUGUGAGCUUGACGAAAUUCCUAAGUCUGUUUAUAAAAAUCACAUCCAGUCCAUUCUAAAUGGUAUAUAAUUUGUGUGAAUAAAGAAAGAAGCUCUUUUUUUCCAGCUCCUUCCCUUGAAAGCUUAGGACAAUGCAGUCUAGAUAGCCAUGACAUAUGACCCAAAGUGAAAGCCUAAUCUUGCUUUGUCAUUCAUAUCCCACAAAAUCUCUAAAUUUUAUAUCUCAAUACAUGAUCAAUUAAGCAAAAAUAGGCCCACAGUAGUCUCUUUAAAUAAUAAAACCACAACAACAACAGCAACAACCACCACCACCACACACACACAAGAGGCUGUUAUAAAGUUUCAGGAAAAGUUGAUGACCGAUUUAGGGUUGCUUGUGAAGGAAAUAUCUAUCCUCUGGGUAUAAAGCAAACAGCAAUGUUUUGAGAAGCUAGGAAUGGGGACUUUGAACGAAUGCAAAAUUAGUGCCAUUCUAACCUCUAAAAAGAGCCUAUUCCCCAGAACUCAAGGAGGCUAGCUCAAGAGAUAGAAGUUCUUUUAUUGUUAAGUUAUUCUUUAAAUCUUAAUAUAUAAGAAUAUAUUUCCCCUUGUGGCUUUCAACCAACCACUCAGAAAAAGAGAUUGUUAGGCGGAAUUUUUUUUGAAGAGCUAGUACAAGAGUUUGGCCCAUCUUUAUUAAAAAAUUUCUUGUUGCCCUGUGUUUGACAAACAAGCAUCCUUUAGGAAUAGAGGCAGGAGUUCAGAGACACACAAAAAAGAUAUUGGCAUGAGCCAUAGAGUUGGUCAUAAUGUAAUUGCUGAACAUCUGUUGAGCAGCAGCCAGAUGCAGGCUAAGAGCUGGGCAUAGCUGUAGAGACCUGGGCACAAAGACACAAAACAAUGCGCUUAAGGAAAAAGCAAACAGCAACUGGAUAAGAAAAUGCAAGUGUUCUGUGUAGUAUUGAGAAGGAAUUUUUAUUUCUUCUUAUGACCAGAUCUAUUCUGUCCUUCCACUUGUUCUUUUUCCUCUCUCCCCUUUCCACACCAUAUUUUCUCUUAAGGUGUAAGGCUUUUAAUGGUCCCUUUAAGUCUCAUGCUUCCAAAAGAUUAGAUUCUGAGUUAAACCUUUUAAUAUUGUUUCCCUUUUCACCAUCCUGUCAGGCAGUCUUCAAAAAGAAAGGCAAACAAUCAUUAAAUUUAAUUCCAACUAACCAGCCAAAAAUAGGUACUAUAUUGGUAAUCUCAAUUGAAAUAACUCUUCCUUUAUUACUGACCCUGAAACAGAUAAAAAGCAGACAAACAAAAAACAGCAUCCCUAGCUGAUUUCAGCUAAAAAAAAAAAAAAAAAAAAAAAAACAAUGGGUACCAUUUUUAAAUGGAG